UUUUCUUAAAAUAUGCUCCUUGUAGUUUGGUUUUACACGUCUACGGAAUAUUUAUGCACACACAGAACCUAUCCGAAGAUCAACCACACAAUCAAUCAGAGACGUAACAAUAAUAAUCUAUAAUUAUAAGGCCGGGCACGAAGGAAGAAGUAGCUUAGCUCUGUACCCAGAAAACCAUCAUGGCAGUGGCAGCAGCCGGUUUAAGUUUCUUUAAACUCUCUUUCCUCCUCAGCCUCCUCUCCGGCGGUUCAAACAUACCAGAUCCGAUAUCUCGGCCCGGUCUUGUCGGGAAGUUCCCGCCUUCGUGUAACCGAAUCGAGUGCCCAAGCUACGAAGUAAUUCACGCCGGAAAUGGAUACGAGAUUCGCCGGUACGAGAAAACCGUCUGGAUUUCCACUGAACCGAUUCAAGACAUCUCUCUCGUCGAUGCUACAAGAACCGCUUUCUUCCAGUUGUUCGCUUACAUUCAGGGGAAGAAUGAGUAUCACCAGAAGAUAGAGAUGACUGCUCCGGUGAUUAGUCAAGUCUCACCAAGCGACGGUCCUUUCUGUGAAUCUUCCUUCACUGUUUCCUUCUACGUCCCCAAAAAGAACCAGCCCGAUCCAGCUCCGGCGAAGAAUCUCCACAUCCAGAAAUGGAACUCUACUUACGUGGCGGUGAGACAAUUCAGUGGCUUCGUCUCCGAUUCUACCGUCGGGGAAGAAGCGGCGGCGCUCUCGGCGAGUCUCAAAGGCACAGCUUGGGCUAAUGCGAUAAAGAAAAGUAAAGAAGACGGCGGUGUUGGGUCGGAUUCAGCUUACACGGUGGCUCAGUAUAACUCACCGUUCGAGUUCUCGGGUCGGGUCAAUGAGAUUUGGUUACCGUUUCAAAUCGACAUUUAAGCUGUGUUUUAGUGAACCCUUUUCUUUAUAUAUAUAUGAAUAAGAUAGAAACAAGAGGUUAAGGUUGUAAACCUUUUUGUUUUCCAAGUUUCAGUUUUG